AUGUUUGUUGUCUCCGUUCUGGUUUUUUCUUGCAAAGGCCAAGACGACGAGUUCAUGGAAUUUUAUGAUCCCGAUGAAGGUAGCCCUGUUGAAGCGGAAGGUCUAAUCCAUCGGGAGCCUGCUAGAGAAUCCUCUUUUAACGACUUUGAGCAGCCGAUGGAAAGCGAAUCCGACGACUCGAAUCAUGAGUCCAUUCUGGAAAUUGAACCUGAUGAUGAAGAAUUUGAAGGGUACAUUCCUCGGAAAGUUGAAUCCGAAAACAGUGACUCGUCCUCAAAUAAGCCUCUUUUAAAAGUAGCCAAAGUAAGCUAUUUUUGUUUUAAAAUGUUUCACUUUCCUGCUACUUUGAUCUACCUCCUAGUCUACAAUGUCUUUCAUUGGAGUUAA